AUGCCGUGUGAGAACUGCAUCAAGUCUGGCUGUCCGUCCGACUGCAUGUACAACCAGAGCCCGGCCAGUCUGGAUGCCCUGCCCAAGGCCAAGCGUGUGCAACUCGGCUCUGAGGCGGUCGACCAGCAUCCGGACCAUCGAGUGGAGCCUGGAAGGAACGCAGGAGUUAGCAUUAUAGAGGAUCUCCAGCUCCGGCUGGCCAAGUUGGAGGAACUUCUUUCUGUCAAAUCACCGGCGAAUCUGGGUUUGUUGAGAGAUGUCCCGAUUCGGAGCUCUAGUAGCCCACAAUCAGGCGACAUCACCCAAUUGGCGAGUUCGCCGCCGUUCUUGGGAACUCUAGUUGUCAAAGGAACUCGAACGAGAUAUCACGGCCAGAACAACAGAAUCACCCUUUUGAACCAGUUCUCUGAAGCAAAAGAGUUCAUUGAUCAGUGCGCCAAAGAUCCUACCGUUGCAGGAUUGGCCAAAGAGGUACGGUUUCUCCAAAGUAAAUCCAAGCUGUCGCCGAGUUCGCCAGAGUCAAUAUCAGAUCUGGAAAGUUCCCCAGAGUUGCAGCAGCUUCGCACUUAUCUCCCUCCAAAGGGGGUGUGUGAUAAGUUGUUGGGGUUGUACACUCUAAAUUUUGAAAAGACACCGAGGACUUUCCAUGUUCCUACUUUCAUUCGCCAGUACAACGAAUUUUGGGCGGAUCCCGAUAAUGAAAUCUAUCGAUCGGGUGGCUUUCUCCCGCAGCUUACGGCUGUAUUGGCAGUCGCACUACCGUUGGAGGACCAGAGGUUCAAAACGAAACAUACUCCCUCAUGGGAAUACUUGCACAUGCCUGCAGUGAACUUUGUCCGACUGUGGCUGCGGAAACUCGGUCGCAAGGAACGGACGGAGCUUGCAAUGCUACAGGUUGAGGCGCUCAUUAUACUCGCCCGUCGUCUGCGCCUUGUGGCACCUGAAGAACUGUGGAGAGAAACGGGGACUCUUGUCCGCUCUGCCAUGGUCAUGGGUCUGCACUUGAAUCUCACCGAAUAUGCUGAAUUAUCGGCAUUUCAAAUCGAGCAACGGCGUCGACUAUGGAUAACGAUUGUCGAAAUGGACCUCCAGGCGUCGAUCGAAUCCGGCAUGCCGGUUACGAUUCCCGAAAUCGAUUUUGGUCCUCUUACUCCAGCCAAUCUCAACGAUAGCGACUUUGACGAUUCGGCAGUUGACCUUCCGCCUUCCAAAAACGUGCAUGAAUGGACCGACUCCCUCGCCCAGGUCACGUUGGCCAUGUCCUUGCCCCAUCGUAUCCGGGCCAUGAUGUUGGUCAGGGCAGUCGGUUCGGGUGUGGAUCUGAGCGAGAUUGUCAAGCAAGGACGACGGUUAGAAGAGUGUUUACGACUGAUACCGUCCCCCUUGAAACUGGAACAAGCCCCCAAAGAGUGGCGAUAA